AUGCGCCUCGUCUAUGUCAACGAGAAAGGCAAGCUCAGCUUGACCAAAGACCUGCGCGAGCCUUUUCCUCCGUACGCCAUUCUCUCCCACACCUGGGGCGCCGAUGAUGAAGAGGUUGUCUUUCAAGAUAUGCAGGAUGACAUUUGGCAGAAGAAGACAGGCCGGGUGAAACUUGACUUCUGUGCGAACCAAGCCAGGAAAGACGGGUUGAAUCAUUUCUGGAUUGAUACCUGUUGCAUCAAUAAAGCGAAUCAGAGCGAGCUCCAAGAAGCGAUCACAUCAAUGUUCCGAUGGUAUGCCACGGCGGAGAAGUGCUAUGCUUACCUGGCCGAUAUCCGCUACCACAAGCGCAGCAGUGAUGGCAGCUACGAGCCGUGGAAGUCAGCUUUUCGAGGCUCAAGAUGGUUUACGCGCGGCUGGACACUCCAGGAACUUCUUGCCCCGAAACAGGUCGAGUUCUAUUCUUGUGAAGGCGAGUAUCUUGGUAACAAGAAGUCUUUGGAGGACCAGAUUAACGAAGUCACUUGCAUACCAAUAGAUGCUCUUCGCGGCACUCCAUUAUCUGUGUUUAGCGUUGAAGAGCGGUUGGGCUGGGCUGCACGACGUUCCACGACUAAGGAAGAAGACAGAGCUUAUUGUUUAAGUGGAAUAUGUGGAGUCUACAUGUUACCGAUAUAUGGCGAGGGACAGCACGCGUUUGACCGUUUGAAAGACGCAAUCGCUGUUGCCUAUCGAAACAGUCUAUUCAGAGAACAACCCGUCGCACCGAGCGGUUCGGUGGUCGCAUCUCGCUUGAAAGCAUUCGAGCCAUCGGCAAUGCUUGAAGAUGAUCUCCAAACGCAAAGGAAGCGUCGGGAAGAGCUCCUGCAAUCGUUGGACUUCGAUGAGAACGACGCACGACGAGCGACAAUCAGCGGCGAGGAUCCAGGGACGUGUGCAUGGCUUCUACAGCAUCCCGACUAUAUACUGUGGUCUGACCCAAGCAACAUGGAUGAGCAUCAUGGCUUUCUAUGGAUCAAGGGCCACCCUGGAGCCGGCAAAUCGACAUUGAUGAAGUUUGCCUACGCUGUAGCCGAGCGCAAAAAGACUGAGAGCGACAUUGUGGUCUCGUUCUUUUUCAACGCUAGAGGCGUUGACUUGGAAAGGUCAACUCUGGGGAUGUAUCGCUCCCUACUUUUUCAGCUUCUGAGCCAGGCUACGGAUCUACAACACGUUCUCGACGCGGCCCCAAUCAAACCCUGGACACUUGCUACUCUGACUGGACUUUUUCUUUCCGCCACACGCGAGCUCGGCUCGCGCCGUCUGAGAUGCUUUGUCGAUGCACUCGAUGAAUGCGACGAAUUAGAAAUUCGUGCCAUGGUCGAUUUCUUUGAAGGACUUGGCUCUCAGGUCGUACCGUCCGACGCUUCUCUCCAUAUAUGCCUCGCCAGUCGCCACUACCCAACAAUUAAGGUUCAACACGGCCGAGAGUUGAUCUUAGAUCGCGAGCACGGACACUACGAGGACAUUGCCGAGUACAUACGGUGCCACCUCGAAGUCGGCACGGGAAAACAAUCAGAUGAUAUUAGGGAAAAAAUCCAAGCAAAGGCCAAUGGAGUAUUCUUGUGGGCGGUGGUUGUGAUUGCUAUCGUGAACGAAGAGUUCCGAUGGGGCAGCAUUUUCCGUGCUCAGACAAGACUACAAGAAAUACCUCCGCAGCUUAGUGACCUUUUUAAGAACAUACUGGGAAGAGAUAAGACCAAGAUCGCCGAUCUGCUGCUCGCUCUACAGUGGAUACUUUUCGCGGUACGACCAUUGACGAGAGAGGAAUUCUACUUUGCUAUGGCGGCAGGUCUGUCUCCUGAGCCAGCCAAAAUAGGCCCCUGGGAUCCAGAGGAGGUCACCCAAGAUGUCAUGAAUCGAUUUGUGAUCAAUUCAUCGAAAGGGCUCGCUGGAAUGACAAAGUCGAGGAAUCCUACGGUUCAGUUCAUUCACGAGUCUGUGCGCGACUACUUGCUGAAGGAGAACGGAUUGAGUGAGCUAUGGCCCGAAUUUGGCAGCAACUUGCACUCGCUGAGCCACGACCAGUUGAAGUCGUGCUGCGCAAAUUAUCUCCUUACCGACAUAUCCACGUAUGUCAUGGACGACCAGGAACUUCCGAAGGCGAGCUCUGAUGCUCGCAAACUUCUGCGAAAAACCAUCACAGACAUGUUUCCAUUCUUCAAGUAUGCAACAGAGUAUAUAUGGCGCCACGCCGAAGAAGCUGUGUCCCCAGUGACGACGCAGGGGGAGUUCCUGUCGUCGUUCCAUCUCGACAAGUGGCUCUUAGUGUCCAACAUUCUCGAGGCCUAUGAUCGUCGACACACUGCUAGUGCAAGUCUGAUGUACAUUCUUGCGGAGAACAAUUGCCCAAAGCUGAUCCAUUUGCUUCCACGGAACAGAGAAACCGCAGAUGACAAAGCCGAACGAUAUAAUUAUCCCAUAUUAGCUGCCAUGGCGAAAGGUCAUCGGGACACCGUCCGGGCACUCUUGAAACGAACGAAGGACAACCUACAUGAAAACCGGCCAGCUUUGGGAUGCGACAAUGGCAAUGUCGCCGUCAUUCGGGUGACCGACAGGGAAGGAAGCACGGCACUACACUGGGCAUCCUCUAGGGGCUGGGACAAAGAGGUACAGACGCUUUUAGACUUGGGUGCUGAUGUCAAUGCUCAAGGAGGGUAUCAUAGAAGUGCACUGCAGGCGGCAUCAGUCUGUGGCGACGAGAGAGUGGUGCAGAUCCUGCUUUCAGCAGCCUGUGGCAACGAGAAAGUGGUGCAGCACCUGCUUUCAGCAGGUGCUGAUAUCAAUGCUCAAGGAGGACUGUAUGGAGGUGCACUGCAGGCGGCCUCAUUUCAUGGUCAUGAGAAAGUGAUGCAGAUCCUGCUUUCAGCAGGUGCUGAUGUCAAUGCUCAAGGAGGACUGUAUGGAGGUGCACUGCAUGCGGCAUCAGUCUAUGGCAAUGAGAAAGUGGUGCAGAUCCUGCUUAAAGCAGGUGCUGAUGUCAAUGCUCGAGGAGGGCAUCAUGAUAGCGAUUUACGGGUGGCGGCAGCCGACGAUCACAAGAAUAUAGAGGUGUUGCUGAAUGCUGCUGGUGCAGAAUGA